UUCAUAAAAGCAUUUGCAUUCACAGGCAACAUUCACAAAGCCGUGGUUCCUUUUUGGUUUUACAAUUUAUCUUCUGUAUUCAUUUUAAUUUGGAAGAUGACCAUCAAGAAUUUCUCUAUUGAAUAUGACUCCAUCAACAGCAGGAACAUCUUUACAAAUGGAGAUACUAUCAAUGGAAGAAUCAUCGUGGAGGUUUCAAAGGAGAUUAAAGUCCAGUCGCUAGUUUUCAUUGCAAAAGGAAGAGCUAAUGUGUGUUGGCAUGAGCAGCAUGGGCAACACGUACAUGUCGUGUACAGAUCUAAAGAAAACUACUAUGAUGUCAAACAGCACAUCUUGAGAGAAACAAGACAAGAUGGUACUGAAGUUAUUGGCAGAGGAAGACAUGUUUUUCCUUUUUCCUUCAAGAUUCCUGACAGGAAAAUGCCAUCAACUUUUAAGGCCAGCAUUGGAAAAAUUGUCCAUAAAAUAAAGGCGGAGCUGAAACAGUCCAUGAGGUUGACACAAAAAGCCAAAACACACUUUACAUUUGUGUCCAAAGCUGAUAUGGACACACCCGGACUCAUGGAACCUCAGUUUGGUUCUAAGGAUAAGACGGUCAGUGCUUUUGGAUCUGGGACGAUUGCGAUUGAUUUUCACACCAGGCGAAUGGGAUACUACCAAGGUGAGGCGUUCGAAGUCACAGCCGACAUCAAGAACAACUCGUCUCGUUCAGUGAAGCCCAAGUUCGUACUGUACGAGAAGAAGAGUUUCCUUGCCCAGGGCCGCAGGAGGCUUUACACAAAUACAAUCCUGAAGGACAAGUGUGAUCCUGUGGCUUCCGGUAGCCACCAGACUGUGAAGAAGGUGAUCAGUAUACCUCCAGAAUUACCUCCCUCCAUCUUGAACUGUGCCAUCAUCAAGCUGGAGUACAGACUAAAGCUCUACCUGGAUAUCAAGAUGGCUACAGACCCAGAGAUCAAGUUCCCAGUCGUGGUCCUACCUGUCUUUCAGGAUCCAGACAUGAGAAAAAAACCUGCUUCUGAAGAAUUUGGAGCUUUUGGAUACGUACAGCAACCAGGCUGGAGCGCAAUGGCAUACCCACCACCUGCACCCCCACAUUCAGAGUCCCCUCCUCCUUAUGGAGCGUGUGCAGAUUACCCAUCCUACAACAAAUUUUAGAAAUAUGGAGCUUAGAUGUAAACACCUGCAUCAGAACAAGGAAAGACAGAUAAACCCUCACAUUUGAUUCUUCAGAGAAUAUUAACCGUCCACCCAUUAUUCAAACUAUUUAACCCUUUAAACCCUAAGCCUAUAAUGGUUCAUCUGGACUUUUUUUUUUUGUAUUUUGACUAUGAAAAGGUUAGAAAACAUGUUGUGAGUGAGUCCUUUUGCCCAUUUUUUC